AUGGUGCGAAUCGCUUCUAAUACUUUCAUAUACACACUUUUAUGCAAUUUCAUACCAGUUUGGAGCGCAGCACAUUUCCAGCGAAGAAUGAAAUCGGCUGGUGUUGUUUUUGGAAAGCAAGUGCCACUAUCCCGUAAUCCAAAGAUACAACACGACAGUUCAUCAUUCAGAUAUCAGAUUGAUAUUCUAAUGGUGGCCGAUUAUUCAGUUUACACCAAUUUUAUGCACAUUGUUCGAGGUGACGAUUACUCGGCGCUUUCGGCUACAAACGACUACUUGUAUGCAAUUUUUGAACAGGUGCGCUCAAUUUACGAUGGUAAUGGUUUGUCCGAGAAUGUUCCGGUAACUUUGAAUAUGGCAUCAACGAUGACAAUAAUCCGUGAAGAUGAUUGUCCAUUUGCGCCAUUUCUAAAACAGACUGAAUUGAAUAAUUUGGAAAAUGCAACACAGAUGAAUGGAAUAGAUGCUGUGAAUUAUGUGCAAAAAUGGGUGGCUGAUUAUUCACAAUGGAUUCCAGCGCAUAAUCAUAUCAUUGUUUUGACAAGGAUCGAUUUACUCUCUUCUAAAGGUGACUCUAGCACUCAAGGAAUGGCAUACGUUGGGGCGAUGUGUCGAGUUACCGAAUCAGCAAGUGUAGUAGAGGACAUCGGCGGUAUGGCUACAGCUGUAAUCGCUGCUCAUGAAUUGGCUCAUAGCCUUGGCGCAUUUCAUGACGGUGCUGGUGGACCAGCUGAAAAUUGCGGAAGAAACUAUUUAAUGUCUGCAACAGUAUCAAGUUCGGACGAUGAACAAAAAUUCUUCAACACAUUCAAAUUCUCACCGUGCUCAAUUCAACAGAUUCAAUUAUUUUUUGCAAACGGAACAGCUGAUUGCUUGCUGCGAUCAAAGAGUCGUGAAAGGCGAUUGCGACGUACUUCUCGACGAAAGCAUCGCAAACCCGGCGAAUUGUUAGUGCAACAGAAUCAGUGCAAAAUAGCAUUUGGAGCCCAUUAUAGUGUCUGUUUGAGGAAGGAAUAUUUAUCGAAGGAUCCAUGUCGACGACUUUGGUGCAAAAAUCGACAGCUACGCAAGACAGAACCAUGUGAAACCAAAUUGUAUUUACCUUUAUUAGACGGAACUAAAUGUGGACAUGAUAAGUGGUGUCUUGGCGGAAAUUGUGUAGCAACCGACAAAGAAAGAGAAAACUGCGAUGAUUUGAAUUCAUCAAUGUGCCUUGAAUUAUCUGAUGAAAAGCUCCACAAAUACUGCCAUUCGGAACAGUUCCGUUCGUUAUGUUGUGUUACCUGUUCUCAACUUGUCUAUCGCAAAAUCUUCACUACUUCAUCCCAUAACUCGUAA